UAUAUGCCAAGCAAAACUUUUCUGCGCAUUUUAAUAUUUUUAUAGAGAAAUCGAAGUUUGACUUUCUGCAUUUAAAUAAUCGCAUAUAAGGAGGAUAAAUGAAUAUGUGUUAACAUGUGCACAAUUCCUGAAUUUUCGAGAUAAUGCAAGGCUGUACGGUGCAGGUUUUUAGAAAUAGGUUGCUGAAGCUGAGAAAACUUUAGUUCACUUCUUUAUGUUCAUAAGAAAUGACUUGACAUACAAUGGCGGACGACCAAGUGACACUUCGCCAUCGUUCAACCCGACCCUCCAGUAGCCAGGCCGAUGGUUAUAUAUUGGUGGAUGAGGAUGAUUAUGAGCAGACUGGUCUACGUGGAGGCAGGAGCUGCUGUCUAUGGAUCGUAAUUACACUUCUUUUUCUGGUGGCUGUGUUGAAUGCACUGGUUACAGCUGGUCUUCUGUAUUUCCUGUCCAUCACCCAUGAAGGCAUGGCAAGUCUGGAGUUGUUCACUGGAGAGAGUGCUGUGCGUGUUCUAUCUAACCUAACGGUUGACAACCUGGUGUUGCAUAGCAACAUUGAGGGGAGGGGUGACAGGGAUCUGGUCUUUAAAGGAGAAGAGAUAUCAGUUGGCACAGAAAAAUACUCAAAAGUUGAAAUGUCAGGGAAAAGUGUGUUACUGACUGGUGGUCAGUUUGAGCUUUGGACUGAGAGUGGUAAACCCCUGUUCUCCACAAGUGCACCACUGAACCUUGACCUUUACCAGGUCACAAACCUUCAUGCCUCUGCAUUGGACGUUGGAGCUGUGACUGGUACAAGCCUUUUCCCAGACCUUCACAUUGAGUCUGACCAGAUUACACAGAUGAUCGGGACAGAGGGGGUGGAUUUUUCCUCUGAGGGCGACAUUGGGAUUCAUGGAGGGGCUGAUUUGAACCUACAGGCAAAGGAGGUGGUCUUGGACUCCCAAGUGUACUUGAGCCUGUUUCUUCCGGUGGAGGGAAAGGGAGAGGGUUCCCAGUCUUCCAGCACGCAGAUGCUGCUAUGCGUGUGUGCAGGGAGUGGUAGGGUGUUCACAUUACCUGACACACAUGCAGACACUUCCUGUGCCGAUGCUGUGGUGGGUGUCCACCCAUGUGAUCUGUGAUUUGAACCUACAUGUAUUCAUGGUCACAUAUGGGGACCCAGACAGUUGUUGUGAGAACUUGAUGAAUGUCCAACGAUGUGACCAAUGAUUGAAACAUGGCUAAAGGACUUUCAUGACCCCAACACAGGCACAAACACUCUGUGUGAAUAAUCUUCUCUCAUGACCCCAACACAGGCACAAACACCUCUUGUGUGAAUAAUCUUCUCCCAUGACCCCAACACAGGCACAAACACCUCUUGUGUGAAUAAUCUUCUCUCACCAGUUCAAACACUUUGUUUUGACAAAGGCCUUAAAAUCCUUAAUUGGGGUUAUUCAGAAGAAGAAAAAAAUGUCGUAGUUAUUGCAGAUAAAUAUGUUAUUCUCAUGAUUUUAAUGUAUUAAAGUGUCAUUGGUUGAAGUUUUGCCAGAUCACGAUCAUCUCCAAAGCCAGACUAGUGCCCAUCAAAUGCAGAAGGUACUCUUGCUGUAGUUGUUUACAACUCGUGUUAAUGAUCUUGUGUGUUGAUGAGUACCGGUAGUGCCUUAUUUGUGAUCUCUUAUGGUGCUAUGUUUGCAAAUUUAUACUAGUAGUUCCUUUUUUAUACAUGAAUAUCAAAGUAAGUUUGAACUUUUGUGAAGAAUCUCAGAUUAUGGAACUCGUUCAUUUGCUGGGGGCUAAGCUUGCUUUUGCAAUUUGUUAACAAAUAACAAUGCAUUUAGAUUGUUGUGAAAUCCUGUUUAAAAUGUAAAGUUUGCCAUGAGUUUCCUCUAUCAGUAAUAAUUUACAUGUUAUGAUAUUGGUAACAUAUAGUUUUGAUUUACAUUUAAAUAUACCAGUGCAUGUAUAUGGUUUUUUUUUUAUUCCUCUUAGAUUGUAUCAAGUUAGUAAGCAUACCACUCCAUUUUUUAUCAGUCCGUAUUUUACAAGACAUUUAUAUUUUUGUACCAAACUACUUCUUUAAAAGCUUGUUUGUACCUAUACUCUACCAAACUUUUAAUGCACCAGCUGUUAAUAAAGAAAAAAUAGAUUAUUUUUUUCCAUAAAAGUUAUAACUCUUGUUUGAUCAAGCAAUAGCCAAGUUGUCCAGUGUUUUGAGUCUGUAAUGAAGGCAGCCCAAAAAUGAAUCGCAAUGCUUUGGAGAAAUUUAUUUUGUAUGGCCAAAUGAUUGAAUCAGCCUAUACUGUAAGAUCAAAUCAUUAAAAUAUGAAUGAAAGUUUCCACUUUCCCCGAAUGGUGUAAACACAUCAAUUAUCACUGUGAAUAUACUUACUUGGUUGUUCCUUAUAUAUGUGAAAACCUUUUAUUUAAUCAAAGAAAUUUAGUCAUGGAAAGGUUCCAAGCCAGGAUUAAGCCAAUCUGACAGAUUUUUCAAGUUAUUCAACCAACCACUCAAAAACCUUGGUUCUUCAUUCUCUGUAUGCUUCAAUUCCUUUACUAGAAAAGAAAUUCAAAUAACAUGGACAAGAAGAUGUCACUGCUUUGUGCGACGUUUCAUAAAGAAAAGAUCCAUACAAAUUAGACACCCAGCAAUAAUUUGGAUGAAUUUUGGCAAUAGCGUUACCUUUCAAUUGAAUGCCAUUUGGACUUUCAAAUGCUCCAUCAGUAUCUCAGCUUAUUAUUUGCAUACAAGUGGUUUUGUAUUUACAAGCAAAAAGUGAAUUUAAUUCACUUCUUGCUUGUAAAUACAAACUUCUUGUAUGUGCAACAUUAACCGCUCGGUUCUCUAAUAAUAGUCUAAUCACCUUUAUAAUAAAGGUAUAACAUGUGUCACAAGUUGAAGAAUUGUGCAUGACACAUGUUAUACCUUUAUUAUAUAGGUGAUUAGAUUGUUACUUGAGAACCGACGAUUUAUGUUGCACAUACACGACCCUUCUUUCUGACUGCAAGUCACUAUGAUGCCAAAAAGUUUUACUUCUAAAAAUCCCAGUGGUGUAAUGUUGAGAAAAUAUAUUGCCACAAUUUAUCUAAAUGCUGUUGUCAAUAUAUUCUAUAUAAAUGUAAGAUGGUGCAUGAGGAGUUUAGUUGAGCAUGUUUAUGUGCCAAACCGUAGUAUACAUUUGAACAUCAAACAUUGUGUAUCAAGUCUUGGUACUAAAUGUCUUGUUUUACUCUAUAUGAUUAUGUUAUUGUAUCUAAAAAGUAAAUGUUGUUAAUAUAAAUGUUUUUAAAGAUGA